AUUAGUUAGAAGAAGAGAAUGAGAAUGUGUCUAUGAAUUGCUAUUUUAGUACGGGUGUCACGUAGAGGAAGGGUAUACUUUACAGGAUAGUUGGGUAUCGAAAAGGUUAUAAAAGGAUGUGCAAGUAAAGCCUUUUUGUGAGCUGUGAUAAAGAGCCCAAGUUGUGGGAGAAAAUAGAAGAUGAGAAAGAUGGCUUCUUCUCUUUUGUCCGAGUUGAUGAGGAUUUUGCUGUGUGCUUUUGUGUUGAGUGUUCAUGGCUCUUUUGAAAAGCAGGUUCAUGUCCAUGGAGCUCAGAUUACGGUCCCUCUCAGCUCUCUUUCUCCUUCUGUCAAUUGCACAGCUUCAACUACCAAUGGGAACUCAAGCCUUAAACUAGUUCACAAGUAUGGAGCAUGCUCUCAGCUGUUCGAUGGUCGCCCCAUCAACCACACGCAGGUUCUUCUCGAAGACAUGGCAAGGGUGAAAUGGAUCCAAUCCAAGGUCUCCAACAGCGUCAGUGGCACCAGUGAUUCGAAGGAGUCCACCGUCAACCUCCCAGCGAGUUACGGCCCCAGCGGCUACAGCUAUGUUGUGACUAUAGGCCUUGGCACGCCGACGAAGGACCUGACCCUCCUGUUCGAUACGGGAAGUGCGCUUACUUGGACCCAAUGUGAGCCUUGCAUCGUGUCUUGCUAUAGCCAGGCCCAGCCAAUCUUCGACCCCUCUCAAUCAUCGUCCUAUGCCAGCAUAUCUUGCAACGCGUCAUCUUGCACUCAGCUUUCUUCUACCACAGGUGGUCAACCUAACUGUAGCGGAUCCACAUGCUUCUACGGGGCGACAUACGGUGACAAGUCCUUCUCGGAUGGGUUAUUUGCUACGGAAACGCUGACCCUAACCCCGACAGAUGUUAUUACCAACUUCAAAUUCGGUUGUGGUGAGAACAACCAAGGGACAUUCAAUAGGUUUGCUGGACUCCUCGGGCUUGCCCGAGACCCAAUAUCGAUCGUAGAACAAAGUGCGACCCAGUAUGGCCAAUACUUCGGCAAAAGUACACCACAAGUGGUCUGUCUACGAAUGGGUCGCCUCGAUAUCCAUUUCGUGUCUUCUCCGAAGCUAGAGCUUAAGAAGUUAUGGGGCCAGUUGAAGCUAGAUGGUCAGCAGUACAUUCUCAAACGCAUUGGAUUCAUGCUGCCAACCCUAGACAUAAAUGUUCAGAGCGAGGUCAUGCAGGCACUUGCUCAUUUUUGGUGCCCUGAGACGACCAUAUUUGUGUUGGGAGAUCCCCCUCAUCCUUAUAAUACUCGAUCAGUGACUAAAAGAAGGAUGGCCAAUCAAGCCGAGAUUGCAGCCAUGAUAGACGAAAAGCUAAAAGAACAAGUGAAUACAAUGAAUGAGCAGAUCGCGGCUACCACGUCCAAAUUAAUGAGUGAUCUCAUGACCAAACAGCAACAGAUCAAUGCUGCCUCUCAAUCGGAGAUUCCACCUCCAACCUGUCAAGGCCUCCGCCUUGACAAAACUCCCGCAGUAAACACUGAUCCAACCUUUCAACUGGAUGAUGUCAUUUUGACUGACACUAGUGUAUCUCCGGCAGCCCAUGUUCUUCAUCCACCCCCCAAUGACGAGAAUGCCAAGUUGCUGGCUAAGCUCGACUAG